CCCAAAAAAUUUUAUGUUUUCCGUUUAACUUUUAACUUUGGUGGUUUCAUAAAAAUACAAUUAAUAUUUCAUUUAUGAAGCAAAAUAUAUUUCUAUGAUCAAUAAUUUUGAAUAAGACAAAAAUGUAUUUCACGUCUGUUAGCUCGCGUUUACUACUUUACGACGUCAACAGUAACUGGGAGUUGAAGAAGUCCUAUGGGUGCUAUGAUGGUGUUAUGAGGGAUGUAACUUGGAGUGACGACAGUAAAUAUAUCUUGCAGGUGAAUUCUAAGGGUCUCAUUGAAAUCCUAAGUGCUGCAGAUCAUGAUGUGCGAAGCUUGCAGCAUAUACCACUAAAGGAUACCUGGUCUGCUAGUUUCCACCGCGACGGACACCGUAACAUCGCAAUAGGCACAAGGAGUGGCAAUGUAAUGAUAUGGGACACAAAGAACAAAACAAUCACUAAGACAUUCCCCACACCAUCACAGCAGUCUGUUGUUAAUUUCAUAAGCUACAAUGCCAAGAAUACCAGUCUGGCGGCCACCACUCAGAAUGGAGAUACAGUUAUCUAUGGUUUAGUAUCAAACAUACCAGUAUUAACAGUUAAACUUCCCUGUUCAAAGAGCAUUUCAGCCAUGAAGUUCCACCAUGAAUCUAGAUCUCUUUUAGGACUUGCCACAGAUGAGGGCCACGUCGUAUUGCGUGACAUAACCACGAACAAAGACAAGGCUAUGUUUGAAAAUGUUCAUGCCUCACCAGUCAGUGAUUUUGCCUUUUCACUUAUCAAUAAAGAUGUCAUGCUGUCCUGUGGCUAUGAUAAAAUUAUGCAUGUAUACGAUGUCAGGUUACAAAACGUAGUUUCUACAAUACGGACACCAUACACACUGACAUCUUUGGCAAUUAAUAUUGAUAAUCAAGUAGCUCUUGGAACUAAAAAUGGAUUAGUUCUUGCUUAUGAUUUAAGAGAUUUAACUACCCCCUUUAAAGUGCUUAAAGGGCAUGAAGAAGAGGUGCGUCGUGUAGCCUUUCAACCAUCAAGGAAGAAGACUAUGUCGACUGAAGUCAGUCUUCGGGAAGACACGGAAGCUAACUUAUUAUCUCCACAUAAAAUGCAAUCGCCCAUCAGAACUAGGACAUCAGAUAUGUUCUUCAUUGCAGACACUCCACCAAAAGGUAAUAAUCUGGAAGUUUCCGCCACUGGAACUGACAAUAAAGCCGAUUCAUUCCUUGUCAUGAUGGGCCUUGAUAGAACCAACAAUGAUUUUGAAGACGACAUUAAUAAAACGACAGAAGAACGGAAAAGUGAGAAACCAGAUGUCCGUUAUCGCCAAUUAGAUGCUGAAAAGAACAUAAGCAAAAUAUCUACACCAUUAAAUAGCAGGACAGCUGAAAAUUUUGGUUUUCCAUCACCUAUUAUUGGAAUCCCUAAUGGUAUACCAGAUGAUGGACGCAAUUCCAAUUUGAAUUUAUCCAAUAUAAAGCAAUCCAAUUGUAAUUUGCAAGUAGGAGCUAACAUUGAUGCAAAGGUGAUGGAUGAACUGAAAGAUUUCAUCAAGUUAACUCUAGCUGACGUAGCAGACGAUAACAGAAACUAUUUUCUCCACAUCAUGAUGGCCCUUACUAAACAGAAACUGUAUUUAGAAAAACAGCUGGCUGGCAUGAAUGAGCAAAUGCAGAAUAUGACGCACAACCAGAAUGCAUUAGUCGAAACAAAUAGAAAACUGGCACUCGAAAUAGACCAGCUAAAAGCCCGCCAAAAUAUGUUUUAACUGCUUAUAUGAAUAUCAAUAAAUGAAAUGGAAUCUCCUUAAAAAUAACUUAAAGAUGAAAUAAUGAAAUAUAUUGAAUAUUAAGACAAAUUGUUGAUGAUAUGAAUUUUAUGUGUUGAUUCAAAUGUCAGUUGUCUGUAGUAUGUUUUUGUAAAUGCGAAAUAAUUAAUUACCUAAGCAUUCCUCAAUAAUGUUAACAACAGUGCCAAUAAGUAUACUAUUUAUAUUUCUAAUACCCCAAUGUUGUGAUUAUAAUGUUGCUUUUUAGAGCAUAUUGUAGAUAAUCUCUAUGAAAGAUUUAUUUGUGCCAUUUACACUAAAGUCACAAAAUAAUCUCCAGUAUGGACAAUAAUGUUAUUUAGGGAUAGCAAUGCUGUGAAAGUUUGCAUUUGUUUUGUUAUGUUGUUUAACCUAAGUAGUUGUAAAUUCAUAAAUAAACGUAAUCCUUUAC